GUGCAAUUUUCCCAAUCCCAAAACACUUAAUUGAGCAAUUUGGAUUCCUCACGUGUGGGGUUGAUUUGUAGUUUGAACACGUGGCUCAUUCAAAAAAGCCGGAAUUGCCGAGGAUUUUUUUUCUCCCCCUUCUUCUUCUUCGGUGUAUACUCAGAGGCGGGCGCGAGCCUUACCGUUUGUGACAUUCUCUGUCUCUUAGCCAAGGGAUUUGGAGGAAGACAGAAAGUAGUUUCUCCUCAUUUUUACCCAACCUGCAAUCGUUUGGACCCUCGAGAUUAAUAAUUAAACAAUUAUUUUGCGCGUUCGAGCGGCAAGGGAGCGCAAACGCAACGAGAUCGCCAGUUAAAUCUCUCUGUGGCUUGAACGUCGGGGAAGCACGCCACUGCUACUCCGUUAUAGUAACGGCGAUUUAGGAUACUCCGCUGCACACCUAGCCGGGCGAAAUAUUUGCCUCAAUUGGUGUAAAGAUUGUCCUUUUCGGCGGUCAUAAUGAAUAAGCUAUACAUUGGAAACUUGGGCGAGCAGGCGAGCGUGGAGGACUUGCAAGGUAUCUUUGGAGAGAGGCAUCUCAAGCACAGUGCGUUUCUUCUCAAAACUGGUUAUGCUUUCGUGGAUUGCCCGGACGAAAAGAUUGCAAUGAAGGCCAUUGAUAUACUUUCAGGAAAAGUAGAACUUCAUGGAAAAGUUCUGGAAGUGGAGUUCUCGGUGCCUAAACGUCAAAGGAGCUGCAAGCUGCAGGUCAGGAACAUCCCGCCACACUUGCAAUGGGAGGUGUUGGACGGCAUGCUCGCCCAAUAUGGCGCCGUGGAGAACUGUGAACAAGUGAACACUGAAACAGAAACGGCGGUGGUCAACGUUCGGUAUGGAGCCAAAGAACAGGCCAGGCUGGCCAUGGAGAAGCUCAACGGCUUCAUGCUGGAGGACUUCGCCCUCAAGGUGUCCUACAUCCCGGACGAGGCGGCGGCGGCGGCGGCGGACACACCUCCCGCGGGCGGCCGGAGAGGCUUCCCGCCCCGGGGCCCCCCCCGCGCCGGCUCGCCGUCGAUGGGCGCGCGGCCCCGGCUCCAGUCGGACGUGCCCCUGCGCAUCCUGGUGCCCACGCAGUUCGUCGGCGCCAUCAUCGGCAAGGAGGGCGCCACCAUCCGCAACAUCACCAAGCAGACGCACUCAAAAAUCGACAUCCACAGAAAGGAGAAUGCCGGAGCAGCGGAGAAGCCCAUCACGGUCCACUCCACCCCCGACGGCUGCUCCAACGCAUGCAAAACCAUCAUGGAGAUAAUGCUCAAGGAGGCCGUCGACACAAAGUUCACUGAGGAGAUCCCACUUAAAAUCCUGGCACACAACAACUUUGUGGGUCGAUUGAUCGGGAAAGAGGGCCGCAACCUCAAGAAGAUCGAACAAGACACAGAGACCAAGAUCACCAUCUCGCCGCUCCAGGACCUGACCCUGUACAACCCCGAGCGUACCAUCACGGUGAAGGGCUCCAUCGAGGCCUGUGCCCGCGCAGAGGAGGAGGUGAUGAAGAAGGUCCGCGAGUCGUACGAGAACGACGUGGCCGCCAUGAACCUCCAGUCCAACCUGAUCCCGGGCCUGAACCUCAACGCUCUGGGCCUGUUCCCCGGCUGCGCCCCCGGCAUGGGCUCGUCCAUGGGCAGCGGCGCCCCCCCACCCGGCGCCCACUCCGGCUACGCCCCCUCGUUCGGAACCGGGCCCUUCGGGGGCGAAGGGCCGUAUUGGGCUCCCGUGUGUUCGGCGAGCAGCCCGCCCCUCCAGGGGCCUCAGGAGUCCGAGACGGUCCACCUGUUCAUCCCGGCGGCGGCGGUGGGCGCCAUCAUCGGCAAACAGGGUCAGCACAUCAAGCAGCUGUCGCGCUUCGCCUGCGCCUCCAUCAAGAUCGCACAGGCGGACCCCCUGGACGCCAAGCAGAGGAUGGUCAUCCUCGUGGGCCCCCCGGAGGCGCAGUUCAAGGCUCAGGGUCGCAUCUUCGGCAAGCUGAAGGAGGAGAACUUCUUCGGGCCGAAGGAGGAGGUGAAGCUGGAGGCCCACAUCCUGGUGCCCUCCUUCGCAGCGGGACGCGUUAUCGGCAAGGGCGGCAAAACGGUGAACGAGCUCCAGAACCUAACCAGCGCCGAGGUGGUGGUGCCCCGCGACCAGACGCCUGACGAGAACGACCAGGUGAUCGUGAAGAUCAUCGGACACUUCUAUUCAAGCCAGCUGGCCCAGAGGAAGAUCCAGGAGAUCCUGGCCCAGGUGAGGAGGCAGCAGCAGCCCAAGCCCAGCCCCGGGGCCCAGCCUCCCCAGCCCCGGAGGUCCUUGGGCGACCGCAAGUAGAGCGGAGCCCCCUCCCUCCCCACCCCCCGGAGGUCCCUGGGGGAACGGUGACUGACUCUGCCUGGAUGACGGACGGACAGAUGCAGAUGAUGAGGGGGGCUGUUCGGAGACGUGGCUGUGGUGGGGGGGGGGAUGGCUUGUCUUGAUCCCCUCUUAGGAGGACGAGCGCGGUGGGUGUUUUUCAAGGGGGGGGGGGGGAGGGGUUAAAUCCAGUAACUGACUUGAACACCAGAUCCCAAGUUUGGAAGAGAGACCCUUUGCUCCUCUCACUCUCUCUCUCUCCCUCCCGCUGUCUCUCGCUCUCUCCCCCCCCCCCCCCCCCUCUUUCUCUCUCUCUCUCUGCGUCUCCCCAGAAUGUACUUCUGGGAGCCCUCCUCCCGUCACCCGCCCUCUCACACGCGCACCCCCUCACCCCCUCCCCCUCACAUAGGUGUCUUCUGAAGUGUUUUUUGUCUUUUUUUUUUUUUCAUUAGAAACCUAAUCAAGAAAUAACAAUCCCCUUUCUGAACACCUAGAUGCGGUGCUCUAAAACCUCACAUGAUGACAAAGACGUUCAGUUAGAGUUCAGUAUAUAUAUAUUUUUUUUUUUUGUCGGUCGGUUCGUUUCAAUUUUUUCAGUUCAUAUUUCCAUAUUGUCCGUUUUGAAAUGGAGUGUUUAAUUGGUUUGAAGCUUCUCUCCUGAGUUCAUUUUUUCCAUAGGAAGAAAGAGAAAAAAAAAAGGCAUUGCUAUCAAAAAGGUCCUAGCAGGACCAAGAUGAAGGUUUAUUUUGG